AUGUCUGCUGUUUUGACCGGCGCUGCACAGACUCGCUUUUGCGAUGGUCAGGGACCGCUGGCUGGUUGCCUCCCGUUUGGGAAGUCUCGUAGAACAAUUGGACAGAACAAAAAAGAACGUCGCGCUUGGUGCGACACGUCAACUGUCUCAUCGAACGCCGAAGACGAACGAAUCGGUGCAUGGGUCGUUCAAGUGUUGCUGCGUGAAUGGCCAGGACGAGCGGACAGCAGAAACAAGCGCCAUCUUCAAACGCCGCCGAUGUUCUCCAUUAAAUUACAGGUCAACACAAUGUCAACACAGCACAGGCAACGGCCAGGGCAGGCAAGCAAACGGCAGACAGGCAACGGCAACCUCGCUGUGGCAUGUGCCCCGCAGGGAGGUAUCUUACCUGAAGCUCCGUUGCAGAACCGCCGUGUUCCUGGCGAUUGCGCUGCUGCGAUUGGCCAGGUGUUUGAAACAACACCAAAAAGCACUAACGAAGCGGCCCAGAUCGCCCAGCAGUGCCCUGUGCGUGCCAAAACUGUGGCCAGGAACCACCCAACCCAGGCACCACCAGGAAUGCAAAGCCGGUCCCCACCUUUCCAGAUUUGGCACUGGCAGGCGGUUGGGACGCAACGCCAUUGGGUGGCCAGCAGUGUAAGUUGA